AUGGUCCUUUUCCCCCCUACUCCUCCUAGUCCACCGCCGAAACCGAAACCGCUGGAAUGGUGCGGGAUUAAACUGGAGAGUGCAAUUGUCUACCCGACCUCGCUGGCGUUACUGGCACCCGCCGAGAGCGCACACCUAUUCAAUGGCCGGAAACAUGCGAGGUGGUAUAGGAAGCUGGUAGAUGCUCUGGACAGGAAGAAGGAGAUGGUCGAGGUGUGGGUGAAGGAAGAUUCGCAGGCGGAAAAGAUCCGGAGGACCGACCUACGGAGGGGGGAGAGCGAUAUGUUUCAUGAAGAAUUCUUGCAGAUCUUGGAAUGGGGGAAACCCAGUUGUAUUCUUGCCUCAAGCGCACAAGAGUUAGAGACGAUCAAGCAGCGAUUUAGCUCCGAAAACUGGACCUCGAAUUUCCCCACCAUCAACCUUUUCCUCGAAAAGUAUCCGAACCGUACCAUCACCUGGGCUGUCGACCACUUCUACAGAUGGCAGCAGGGGCGUUACGUCGUUGCCGAAGAACUGACAAAGAUCAAACAUCUCUGGGAGUGGUACGAGACAUGCUAUACCUUCCAAUGCGUCGUGCAGGCACUACGGAGAGAGCACGCCGCAUCGUGGGAAUCGUGGUUCUAUUGUCUUCGCCAGAAGAUGGAGCGUAUGCCGGAUGAGCAAUGCAGGAAACGGAACCAGUUCCAGCGGCUAAAGGAGAUAUGGCAGCACUGCAUCGACAACCAGAUCGAGUUUCCGGUAGAUAUUUGUCCGGGUGGCAUGACCCCAAUGGAAUAUUUCCAGUUGGCGGGAGGUGGUGGCGCUGCCGCCCUCCUUGGCAGGAGCCGUUCGCGCGUGAUAAGCCCGCAGAUGCUGGAUGAAAUUGCUGUGAUGAUGGCCUAUGAGACACCCGAAGAGUACUACACGGCCGUCGGAGAAUGGCCUCUCGAUUUCGACGAUCCCGACUUCAUCUUUGACGAUCACAGCGAUACCGCCAGUGUGGACUUUGAUGAGGGCAUCCCCGGCAAGCCUGGGAAUGCCGAAUCAUUGGUUAUGCCCGGAACCUAUCCGUCCAGUCAUUUUGUAGGUGGCCCGGAAUAGGAAUUAGUGGUGGUGGUGCUAAUAAAGUACGAG